AUGGACAGGAUAUCCACGCGCUUGGAACUGACAGACGCGGACUGCGCAUUCGGCGGGGAGCCUGCGGCCGGGCGCAACCCGAGUGCUUUUGACCUUGCUCAGUUCAAGAAUAGACACCCGCGCGCUCCACGUUCCUUCCCGAGCUGUCUGUGGGAUUUGUUUUCAGGACUUUUGGCUGCCAUUGAAUCCGUACUCGCGUCGCCGUCUCAAGGCGGCAGAGGUCUCGAUUCUUGUGCUGCGCUUCUAAAGCAGACUCGGGACGCAAUGGAGAGGCGUCUCUCGGCUGCUCGGCGCGACGCGUCUUCGUUGGACAAGGCCCUCGAAAGGCGACAGCCGCCUCCAGCAGACGACGGUGGCGUGGAAGCAUCUGGAGAAACCGCCGAAGAAUGUGUUUCGCGUGCGAGACACCGCGCAGGUCUUUCUCUUGUCUUUGUCAAUCUUCCAUCUCUUCUCUGCAGCGUCGCACACUUCGUCGCUGCUGCUGCGCGACCGCCACCCGGACAAACGCCAGGGUGCUUGUUAAGCGCGCCUUCUGGCGUGGAAACGAGAGACACAACCUCAGAUAAGCAUCAAAAAGAGCAAACAGAGCUGUACGAGAAAGGAUUGCUUGCUAGUCUAAAGCUUGUUCGUGCGGUAAUUCUGGAUGCGGCUGAGUCUACGGAUACUGAGCGCUAUCGGGCUCCGGUCGAGGAGUUUGAAACAGACCUUGUAGAGAAAGUGAUUGGCAUUUGCACACCUCCCAACAUGCUAUGGAAGCCAGAAGAUUUAGUGGGCGCAAGCAACCGAACUAAGCCGUACGAACGCCUCCUGCCGUCGUCCAUGGAAGGAUACGAGCUCGUCUUCGACGACGGAGUCGCAAAAGUUGCUGGCACCUUCAGCCCAGGCUUUAACAAGCCCGAAUUACCAAACAAGCAACGAAUCACCCCCGAACGCUCGAUUCGCGAUGCCGUCUUGCGUGUAGCCGCUCUUAUUGAGGCAAGUCAGGACAGCUUCGCCACCGCUCUGAUGUAG